AUGGCUUAUGCUGCUGUAUUAUCUCUUGAUCGGAGUCUGGAGCAUUUAUCAAAUCCUCGUCUUCCCGAAUUAUCUCUUGAUCGGAUUCUGGAGCAUUUAUCAAAUCCUCGUCUUCCCGAACAACAUCAGACUCCUCUUCAGGACCAACAAAUUAAAUCUCUCCAGAAAAAUUUGAACUUCUUACUAGAUUUUCUGGAUGAUUCUUGGCAGAGAAGGAGCGAGGAAGUACGAUGUCUGGAGACGGAAAUUCGAGAUGCCGUGUACAAAGCUGAAGAUAAUGUCGAAUCACAUAUAUCAAAGAAUUUUGGUAAGGAAGGUUUUCAAGAAAGACAAAUGAGAGACCAAACUUUUUGUGUGAACUUUGAGAAAGUUGCACAUGAAAUUGAUUCCAUUAAGACAAAGGCAGCUAAGCUUAAGGAAUUGUGGGGCUCAACAGAUCUGCACCAGAGCCAGAGCCAGAGCCAGAGCCAGAGCCAGAGGACUUCUUUUCCAACUGGACAAUCAAGACUUCCUUCAAUCGGCAAGAAUGAUAUGGUCGGGUUUGGUAAAGAUCUGACGGAAAUAAUAGAACGACUUAGAAAUCCACCUGCUCUUCAAACAAUCCCAGUUACUGGCAUGGGAGGCAUUGGCAAGACAACACUUGCUAGAAAUGUUUAUGAUCAUCCAUGGAUUGCACUUCGUUUUGACANAGACAACACUUGCUAG